AUGGACCUUGUAUUUUCACCGCAAGGAAAGUCAAAUCCUCAGACUGAGGAUAAUUUGUUCUUAAGGUGCUCAGAUUCCUUCAGAAUUCCAACGAGAGGAAAGCGCAGAUAUGGUUCAAAGAAGAGAAAGGUUCAAGAAGGCAUUUUGGCAAGUUCAAAGAAUACUAAACUUCCAUCCAGGAAAGUACAUGAGCCAAAGAAGAGUCUUUCUGGCUUGAACAAGAAAAGAAAAUUGGAAGACAAUAUCAAGAUUAACAAUUUGGAAGAAGAUGAGGAAGUUCUUUCUCUUUCAUGGACAAAGUCAAGAAGGAAAACUAGAAAUAUGGACAAUAUGAAGGAUACUGAACAAAAUUCCAAAAUAUGUCAUCAGUGCAUGAAAAAGGAAAGAGCAGCAUUUGUACCAUGUACUAAAUGUCAGAAAAUGUACUGUCUGGGGUGCAUCAACAACUGGUAUCCCGAUAUGAAAAUAGAAGAUAUAGCAGCGAGUUGCCCAUUUUGCAGGAAAAAUUGCAACUGCAAUGUCUGCUUACGUUCAAAGGGAAUGAUUAAGACAUCUAACGGGAAGUUCAAAGAUUGUGAAAAGGUUCGAUAUUUGCAAUACAUGACUAAUUCACUUUUUCCGUUUGUGGAACAAAUUCGUGAAGAACAAAGUCAUGAGCAUGAGAUUGAAGCCAAGAUACAAGGAAAAUCAUGUUCUGAGAUUAAGAUACCUCAAAGUACUUGUAGUGACGAUGAACGUAUCUAUUGUGAUCACUGUGCCACGUCUAUUGUUGAUCUUUAUAGAAGCUGCCCCAAGUGUUCGUUUGAAAUCUGUCUUACUUGCUGUCAAGAAAUACGAAAUGGAAGUAUUUCACCCCAGCCUGAACUGAAGCUUGAAUAUGAUAAUAAGGGCAUUGAGUACAUGCAUGGUGGUCAUCCUCAACCAGUAUAUUGUGAUUUAGGGACUUCAGAGGAUACUAUUAAGAUAUAUACUGAUUGGAAUGCUAACAGUGAUGGAAGUAUUAGAUGUGCUCCAAAAGAAAUGGGGGGUUGUGGUGACUGUGUAUUGGAGUUGAAGUGCAUGCUUCCAAAUGGACUGAUUUCUAAUUUGGAAGACAAAACUCGUAACAUGCUGAAGAAUUUUUGCAAAAUUGAGCACAAAACUCUUCAGAAAGACGCAAUAUUAAGCAGCAAUUCUAUGAUAAGAGCUGCUUUUAGAGAUGGCACGAAUGAUAAUAACAUAUACUGUCCAGUGUCAAGUGACUUGUCAGAAGAAGGGCUAUUUCUCUUCCAACAGCAUUGGAUUAAAGGUGAACCAAUCAUAGUUCGGGAUGUUCUUAAACAAGGGACAGGUCUGAGUUGGGAGCCAAAGGUCACAUGGCGAGCAUUUUGUGAAAAUUUGGUUUCAGGGAACAGCUCAAAUGCGUCAAAAGUGAAGGCCAUUGAUUGUCUGUCUUGUUGUGAGGUAGAAAUUCUCAUUCGUGAUUUCUUUAAAGGUUAUACGAAAGGAAGAACAUAUAUGAAUCUCUGGCCAGAGAUGCUCAAGCUAAAAGACUGGCCCCCCUCUGACAAGUUUGAAGAUCUUUUGCCCCGGCAUUGUGAUGAAUUUAUCCGUUGUUUACCAUUUCAAGAGUACAGUGAUCCUCGAGCUGGAAUCCUCAACCUUGCUGCAAAGUUACCAGCUCAUGUCCUAAAGCCUGACAUGGGUCCUAAAACCUAUAUUGCAUAUGGGACUAAAGAAGAACUUGGCAGAGGGGACUCUGUAACAAAGCUUCACUGUGAUAUGUCUGAUGCGGUGAAUAUUUUGACUCAUACAGCUGAGGUUACAUUAACUGAUGAACAACACCCUGUUAUUUCAAAAUUAAAGAAAGCACACAAGGCCCAAGAUGAGAAAGAGUGUCUUGCUCAGGUUGCUGAAUGCCAGAAGAAGUGCCAUAAAGUCAAUGGAAAGAUAUUUCCAAAUGAUGUGGCUGCUGUCUCUAAAGAAACAACAGAAACAGGUGGUGCUCUUUGGGACAUCUUUCGGAGGGAGGAUACUGAAAAGUUAGAAGCAUAUCUACGAAAACAUUCUAAAGAAUUUAGACAUACUUAUUGUUGUCCAGUUCAAAAGGUUGUCCAUCCAAUUCAUGACCAAUGUUUUUAUUUGACUUUGGAGCACAAGAAGAAGCUGAAGGAAGAAUUUGGUGUAGAACCUUGGACGUUUGAGCAGAAACUUGGAGAGGCAGUAUUUAUUCCUGCUGGAUGUCCACACCAAGUUAGGAAUCUCAAGUCAUGCACUAAAGUUGCUUCAGAUUUUGUGUCUCCUGAGAAUAUUCAUAUGUGCUUGCGAUUAAAGGAUGAAUUUCGUCGUCUUCCUAGGAAUCACAAGGCGAGGGAAGAUAAGCUAGAGAUAAAGAAGAUGAUCGUGCAUGCUGUAGAUCAAAUAGUCAAGGAAUUAGAAGCAUUGGUGGAGUGUUCUUGAGACUAGCCUAUAUGCUGCUUCCAUAGCUGCUAUGAUUUUUUUAACCUCAUAGUUUAG